GUUUACUUUUUCAUUACUAAAUCAAUCAUUUCGGACUUUAGAGCACUAGUGGCCAGAAGAACCGCAAAUAUUGACAAUUGAGGGAGAAAGUAAAAUUCAAGCAAAGAGACAAUUAUUAUAAUAUUACUUAUUAGCGUAGUGCUUUGCAUGUGUAGGGUAUGGUCACAGACUCACAGUGAAGUCUAGGAGCCUGUGAAGAGGAACAUGUUAUAAAGGAAUAUCGUAUUCGGCCAAGUUAGAGUCUUUUAUUCAUUGUUUAUUGAUCGUGGUUGACCCCAGAGGUCUUGAACAAAGUAUAUUAGGAGUCUCAAGUUUCAGAAGGAAACCCAUGCAUAAGUCUAGAGCUUCAAGCAGAGAUGAGAAUCACUAGUAUGAAGGCAUUCUUCUUCCUUUCUCUUCUCUUCUUUGCUGGUCCCUCCAUGGCAACUGACACCAUUUUCCCAGGCCAGACUCUUUCUGGCAACCAGACAAUCAGAUCCGAUGGUGGAACGUUUGAACUGGGCUUCUUCACUCCAGGUAACUCUUCAAACUAUUACAUUGGCAUGUGGUACGGAAGGCUACCCACCAAGACAGUGGUUUGGGUAGCAAAUAGAGACCAGCCCCUCUCUGAUCCAUCUUCUUCCACAUUACAACUUUCCCAUGAUGGGAGGUUAGUCCUACUCAAAGAGUCCAGAACUGAAAUCUGGUCGACAGAUGUGAACUCUACUACACCUAAUUCCACCAUUGCUGUUCUUCUCGACAAUGGAAAUUUAGUUGUACGGGGGAGGUCGAAUUCAUCCAGUGUAUUGUGGCAGAGUUUUGAUCACCCAACUGAUACGUGGCUGCCUGGUGGGAAGAUUGGGGACAGUAAGCAUGGCAAGGGAAAGAUAGUUCUGACUCCAUGGAGAAGCCCAGAGAAUCCAGCAACUGGGAUUUUCUCCGUUGAUGUGGGACCAAAUGGAACAAGUCAUAUACUGCUAUGGAAUCAUACUAAAAUCUAUUGGAGUAGUGGGGAGUGGACGGGGAAGAACUUCGUCAAUGUUCCUGAAAUAGACAAAAACUAUUACGUUAAAAAUUUCAGGCAUGUGAAGACGGAGAAUGAAAGCUAUUUCACCUAUGAUGCUGGUGUCCCUACGGCUGUCACUAGAUUCCUGCUGGAUUACACUGGGCAGCUCAAGCAGUUCGUUUGGGGGGAAGGCUUCACGCAGUGGACCAUCUUUUGGACGCGGCCGACACUACAAUGUGAAGUCUAUGGUUUCUGUGGGGCUUUCAGUAGCUGCAAUAAUCAGAAGGAGCCUCUUUGUGAGUGCAUGCAAGGUUUUGAACCCACUGUCCUUAAAUAUUGGGAAUUGGAAGACCAUUCGGAUGGGUGUGUGAGGAAGACCCCUCUAGAAUGUGGAAAUGGAGGAAAUGAUACCUUUUUUGUGAUUUCCAACACAGUCUUUCCAGUUGAUUCAGAGAAUUUGACUGUUACCACGUCUGAGGAAUGUGAAAAAGCUUGUCUGAGCAAUUGUUCCUGCACUGCAUAUGCUUAUGAUAAUGGGUGUUUGAUCUGGAAAGGAGAUCUCUUCAAUCUUCGAAAACUCCAGGAUGAUAAUGAGGGUGGAAAAGAUUUACAUGUAAGAAUUGCAGCGUCUGAGCUGGUGGAAACUGGAACAAACACCACUAGAGAGAAGGCCACCACAGAGAAGGUCACUUGGAUUCUCAUCGGGACAAUUGGAGGGUUCCUUCUGCUCUUUGGUAUUCUUCUGGUUGUUUUCUGCAGGAGACACAGGCGACCCAACAAAGCACUCGAGGCAUCUGACGAUUCUCUGGUGCUCUUUAAGUACCGGGAUCUGCGAAAAGCAACGAAGAACUUCUCCGAAAAACUUGGAGAAGGAGGAUUUGGUUCUGUUUUCAAAGGCACCUUGCCCAACUCAACUGUCAUUGCUGUGAAGAAGCUCAAAAAUCUAACACAAGAGGAGAAGCAGUUCCGCACGGAAGUGAGCAGCAUUGGAACAAUCCAGCAUAUCAAUCUUGUCCGCCUUCGGGGAUUCUGCGCAGAAGCUUCAAAAAGAUGUCUAGUCUUUGAUUACAUGCCCAAUGGUUCUCUAGAACAUCACCUGUUUCGAAAGGAUUCCAAGAUCCUGGACUGGAAAACAAGGUAUGAUAUUGCAGUGGGAACUGCCAGAGGAUUGGCUUACCUCCAUGAGAAAUGCAGAGACUGCAUCAUACAUUGUGACAUCAAGCCUGAGAACAUUCUAUUGGAUGCUGCAUACAACCCAAAGGUGGCUGAUUUUGGGCUUGCCAAGCUCAUAGGAAGAGACUUCAGCCGUGCGCUAACCACUAUGAGAGGAACCAGAGGCUACCUUGCACCAGAAUGGCUUUCGGGUGAAGCCAUCACACCAAAAGCUGAUGUUUUCAGCUAUGGAAUGCUGCUUUUCGAGGUUGUAUCAGGAGGGAGAAACAGAGACCUGUUAGAAGAUGGGACAGAUGAUUACUUUCCCACCCGAGUUGUUGAUGUAAUAAACAGAGGAGACGAUGUUCUUACCUUGUUAGAUAGCAGACUAGAAGGUAAUGCCACCAUGGAAGAGCUCACCAGAGCCUGCAAAGUAGCUUGUUGGUGCAUUCAGGACAAUGAGAAGGACAGACCAACAAUGGGGCAGAUAGUUCAGAUUCUGGAGGGAGUCUCAGAAGUGGGUACACCUCCAAUGCCUCGGUUUCUCCAGAAUCUCUCGGGAAAUCCAGCCGAUGGUGCCAUCAAUUUCCAGGAGACUUCUUCAGAAGCUUGAAGAGUCAUUCUUCAAUGAGAUUCAGGUAGUGAAAAUAUGGUACUUGGGUACCUUCCAGUGAGUGAUUACAUUCUCCAUCUUAGUCGUUUACAAGUCAAAGAUCGAGUACUCUUUCUUAUUAGGACUUCGAAGCAGGAGCUGCUGAAUCCCCUGGGUGGCCACGCCCGCAAAGGAUACGAAUCAGCUACUCAAAAUAAACUCAGCAUAUGUCAAUUCCACCAUGUCCCAACAAAAAUGAAGGUGGAUUUGAUGCAUGUAGUUUUGAUUUGAUUGUGAAAAACAAAUGUGUUAAUGUUAUAUGCAAAGCUUGUUCGAAUGUGUUUCUUAUACUAAAGCUUGCUUGAUU